AUGACGGCUGUGGGGUGCCUUGCUUGUUGGGCGCUGAAGGCACCGAAGGUUACCGGGCUGCAGACGCUGCAAGAGUACCUGUGCAUGAACGGGAGGGACACCGUGGACUGCGGCAGACGCACCGUCGUAGCCACGCUCACGAGGGCGCUGCUCGGGUCCUGGGAGGGUUCGGCUACCAUGCAACAAAACACAAACAGCAACAACCACAACACGACCACCACCACAGCCUCCACCAACGACAACAACAACAACGACAACAACAACAGCGACGACAACGACAACAACAGUCUCCCCCGAACCCGCGUGAGCCGUUUCCAGGGGAGGGAGUUGUUCGACCAAAGCGUCCUAAAAAAUCCAGACCGCUCAGGCCCUGUGGGCCUGGGGUUGGAAGUGCUGCUGCAGUGCCUUGUGCAAGACGACGGGGCCUUCGGUCAGCAAGACAUGGCCGUCGAAGCAGGGGAGGACAUCGCCCCCUCCCAAGCAAGCUCAUCCUCCGAGGGCAGCCGCGAUUCAGAUUCGGAUGCCGCGCCUCCGCCUCCCUCCAGCCGCAACCGCCGCCGCCGGACUGCUGUUGCCACCGCCUCCUUCGCUGCCCUAUCUCCAGAGGAUGAGACGCGCGCUUGUGUAACCAUCAUCGGCAACUACGUCCGGGCCGACCCGGACACUUCCGGCGCGUUCUUUAGGGAUGUCAUCCCGAAGGUGUUGCUGAUGGGGAUGGGGGGUGGUCGGCAGGGACAGAGCGGCGGCUCGCGGAGAAUUCCCCCGAGGCUUGCGGCGCUUCUGAGGAGCUUGGUGCGCUCAACCAGGUCUCGCAACUCCUUCAACAUGGAAAGGAUGGUCGUUCACACGGUGAAGGAAGUCAAGGCCUGGGGUGAUCCCUCCGUCGUGCUGCUGUCUUCCUCAGCCGCUAGCGACGACGAUGAAGACAACGAAGACGACAACGACGUAUCCUCUCUAGGCGAUGACGUCGUGAUGGGGGGCUCAGCGACAGUGGACAGGGCGAGAGCGAGGAACAAGGGCAAGGGCAAGAAGGGCGGACGCGCCAGCAGCGCUGGGAACGACAAGCUGCGUCGCCGAGGGCUUGUGUUGGCCUGCACUGACAUCCUCGGUCACACCUCAUCGUGCAUGUCACUCAUCAGGCAGGAGAUGGUGGAAGGGGAGGCCAAGGCUAGCCUCCGAUCGGCCGUGGCUGAUGGCCUCCUCGAGUACCGCAGAACUUGCAGCUCGUCAGACACUCACGAUGUUCAGACGGUGUUACUCGGGGUGCUGUCGUCUCUCGCCCUGGACGGUGUCGUUUCCGUCAGACUCUCGGCCCUCGCUGCCAUAGGAGAGGGCUGCUCGUCGGACUGCGUGCCGGGGGUGUCCUUGCUCCUGGAGAGGUGCCUCGACGCAGCCCCAAAGGUUCGGGCGCUUGCUCUGCGGCUCCUAGUGGACGAGUUCAGGGUGGGCGUCGGAGCCGUAGGUGCCUCACUAGCCAGGGCCGUCCUGUCCCCGUCGCCUUCAGCAGACCGAAGCGGUAGCGCGGUUGGUACGAAAAGGGCGGCGCCCGAUUCUAGAUAUGGACCCCGGGGGAAUCGCAGCCCCGGUGUCUGGGAAGGAGGGCUGCAAGGUGGGGAGGGCGGUGUUGCCCUUCUCGGAGAGCUGAUGCGGCACCACCAGACACUGCAAGAAACGGAUAGUGAUAGGUUCCCGUUGCUGCUGAGGAAUCUAGUAGAGGCCGUUCUCCGCGGCGAAAGCCUCCCCCCUCGUCCCUCUGAUGCCACCCGUGACAAUGACGACGGCAACACCACCACCAACGGUGAAGGGCGUGAUGGCCCUGACACCAACAGCGCUCUCGGCGACGUUACGCGUGGCAGCAGCGGCGGCGGCGUCAACCUUUACGGCAACGGCGUGGUCGGUGGUGCGGCCACUACCACCGGUGCGAAAGACUCUCUCCUUGGCCCGUGGUCCGAAGGCGGCGGCAUCGCAUGGGCCGACCUUGCGGCCCCCGCCGCCCGCCUCUGUGCAGCGUGCCGCCCCUUGGGUCCCGCUCAGCUCGAUGUGCUCGAUCGGGUCCUUGGAGACAUUUUUCAACGUCGUGGUGGAUAGAUCGGCGCAAUGUUAUUGCAAAAUGGGCUGUGCAUUCAUUGCGCAGCAACUAGGCAGGUGGUUCCACCGGAACGACUUCCUUGGUUGUCGAUCGUCCAAACUUUGGACUGUGCACGGCGCCGUGAAAUGAGCAGCGGUGCCUUGCCAAUCUGCCGGGGGGCACUGACGAUAUCACUCGUUCCUCUAUCGCGUGGAUUUUGAUCUCAUGAGUCGCUGCCAGGCAAUUGGUCACGCUCAUGAAGAAGCAGAAACACGUGAUAGUGCAAGGUCGUGAUUCUUUGUUGAUGUGGUCCAGGGAGAUGACGAGACGGUAGCUUUAGGAUCGUGCUUGGAUGUGAUUCACGGUCGCCUAGGGCGGGAGGAAGGUGGAGAAGUAUAGUUGCAAGUUGGUGCUGGUGAUCCUAUUUCGCUUUGGUUCGGAAAAUUGAUGGGCACACUAUUUGAGCGUAGGCGUGUGAAAGAGAGGGAACAUGUGAACAGCUGCCGAAGUGGCGAGGAAACCUACAAGUAUGGAG